CAUUGCUGGUUGUCCUUCCUGACGAUAUCCCUGUAUACUUGGAUAAAGUUGGACUUCCAUAGCGACCCAUGACCAUCUGCGAUAAGUUUUUGGGAAUUGUUAAUGUUUACAUUAAGUCUGCUAGCCAUCAUAUGGUCCAGUUAGGAACAAUAUGUAUUUAAAUGUGUGCCCAUAGUGCCAAAGUCAUUUCAUGAUGUGUUUGUGCUCGUGUAUGUGGGUUUAUUUCAUGUUUGUGAGGAUCCAGUAGUCGUGAUCUGCUGUUCAUUCAUCUCCCUUGACCUGCCUUCCGCACAUAGACACAUGAUAACGACACCUCUCACGCGAGUGCCUGAGCCGUACGAGGGGAAACGCACCGUUAGCUACCUCGAUAUCACCGCAAGCUCAUAGACGUGAGGCCUGAGGGACCCCGAGUACAAAUAAACACCCAUUGCUAAUCCGCCUCUGCAUGUAAUGUGGCUAAUUAGUAUAAUGGAUUAGUUUAGGAAGCCUAAUUGGCAAAAAGCAUUUUUAUGGACUUUAAUAAUGACCCUCCCGUCCUUCUCGCUGCUAGAGAACAUUCUCGAUGAAUAAGGUUGUUUUCAUGUAAAUAGGUAGUUGGCACUACAUCAGUCAGUUACCUUAAAGCAGAUAAUGACUGUACCCUACUGCAUGUGUGAGUGUGAUUGUGUGCAUGUGCAUGCCAAUCUCUCCCUCGUUCCUUCUUAACCGAAUGUAUGUUGUGUUUCCCUGCACAGCCCCAGACAAACAGCACCAAAAACAGCAUAGUCACCAGUCCCAAGGGAAACCUCCCCUCUCCUGCACUGGAGGCACAGACCACUGUCAUCCAUAAUGCAGUGGAUGGGAUUAAGGAGUCAUCGGACAGCAGUAAUGCCACAGUGGAGGACGAGGAAAUGAAAGGAAAGCUUGUAGAUAACAGUUCAGUUCAGUCAAACCCCAGCACCCAGCCUGACUCCGCCCACACACCUCCCGGCCCCUCCCCUGCUCUCUUCACUGCCACUAAGUUCACUGAUCUAUUGGGUGUGGUACGUCGGGGCUCGGUGCCCACAUCUGAUGGUGAGGGGGGAAGCACUAUCACUCCAGCUGUUGUUUCUGCCCCCUCCACUCCCCAGACCCCCAGCACUCCCACACAGAUGUCACGUUUGACUGACCUAGUGAGCAGUGUGCGCAGACCUACAGCCCCUCAUACAGACAGUGAGCCAUCAGCAGCCAGCAGACCCCUUACUGCCCCAGUAUCUGCCCCAUCACACCCCUCCCCUUCCCCUGCCCAACCGUCCACCAGCCCCCUGCCGUCAGCACAUUCACGCAAACAGGAGAUCAUCAAAAUCACUGAGCAGCUUAUUGAGGCCAUCAACAAUGGCGACUUUGAAGCCUAUGCUAAAAUCUGCGACCAUGGACUCACCUGCUUUGAACCUGAGGCCUUGGGAAACCUGGUGGAGGGGAUGGACUUCCACAGAUUUUACUUUGAGAACUUGCUGUCUAAGAACAGUAAGCCCAUCCACACCACCAUCCUCAACCCUCACGUGCACCUGAUUGGAGAGGAGGCCGCCUGCAUCGCCUACAUCCGCCUCACGCAAUAUGUGGAUGGACAGGGCCGGCCGCGCAGCAGCCAAUCGGAAGAGACGAGGGUGUGGCAUCGUCGCGACUCCAAAUGGCAGAAUGUCCAUUUCCACUGUUCGGGAGCUCCAGCCGCCCCUCUACAGUGAAGGUUGAGCUCAUUGUAGCCACAUCUAACAAGAGUGUCCAGCCAGAAAUGGAGAGUGCAAGAGUGAAAGAGAGAGAGUGGGGGAGGGGGGGAAGUUGGAGAGAGGGAGGAAGGAAAGUGACCUUCCCACACUGGGCCCGGCCCCCUCGCCUGUCAAUCACCUCACCUGCCAAUCACUUUUGUGCAUCGUCUUUUGUCUUACCUUCAAGUUUAACCCCUCCCUCCUUCGCUCCCAGACACGUCCCUGUAUCUUUACACCCAUGCAGAGACCCCCUUUGUUGUGCACAUGUGCUGUGUGGAGUUGGACAGUCUUUGAUUAGUACGGAUAAUAAGGCCGAGUCGUCUGUGAAAUGCCAUGCUUUCCGUCGCACCUUCCCAGUGUGAAUAAUGUUACACUGAUUCGCCGUCCUCACUUACAGUGUGUAGAUUUUCAAUAUUAUUGUUGUUAUUAUUAUUAUGAUUAAUAUUGUUCUUACUGUUGUUAUUAGUAUUAAAUACAAAGGCAAUUGUACGUGUCACUUACACAAUUCACGUUCUGGAUGCCAAUGAUUUUUAAUUUAUGCCUUUUCUUUUCCGGACAUUUUUGGCGAGCAUGAAUUAUUCUGUAUAUCCAAAGCGGCCUUGGUGAUAUAGAGAAAUAAUGGCCACCGUUUAUGUACAGGCUUCUCAAUGUGAUUCAUAUCCAACCAACGCAUCUGUCCAUGCGUUUAAACGUUAGUGGACAUAUGUUGGUAUGUGUGACUGUUUUGGGGCAGAUUCUACCAGAGCCUGAGUAAGAACGACGUGACGUUCGGGGUCUUCCAGCUUUAAUCGUUAUUUCUCGCAUCAUUAGUGCAGAUUUGGGGAAAACUCUGCAGAUUUUCUGUCAAUUGGCGAACUUUGUAUUGGAUAAACAACUCCUUGUUCUGGAAAGCCACAAUUGUUCUUUAUAUGUAACCUGUGACACCAGUUGCAACAUUAGUAUUAGACGGGUGUGCCGCGCACGUCCUGAAAAGUGAAGCUGCGGGCUCUUUGAUCGCCCCCUGGUGGCUGGUUGCAGUACAGGU